CGUUAAACCGCGGCCGGGCCGGCCGGGCGAGGGGUGCCGACCGGCGGCAGGAUGCUGGUGAAGGCGGAGAGCCUGGCGCCGCCGGCCGAAGACGAGCUGCUGCUGCUGGGCCUGGCCUCGCCCGCCCCCUCGCCCUCGCUGCCGUCCAGCGCGGAGGAGGAGGAGGAGGAGGAGGAGGAGGAGGAGCAGCAGCUGCGGGCGCUGCGGGCCGCCUCGCCGGCUCGGCCAGUGGAGGCGCCGGGGCUGCGGCGGGCGGAGGGGAAGCGGCGGGCGGGGCGGUCCCGCGGGGCCCCGCGGCCGGCCCGCACGGCGGAGACGGCGCAGCGCAUCAAGCGGAGCCGGCGGCUGAAGGCCAACAACCGGGAGCGCAACCGCAUGCACAACCUGAACGCGGCGCUGGACGCCCUCCGCGACGUGCUGCCCACCUUCCCCGAGGACGCCAAGCUCACCAAGAUCGAGACGCUGCGCUUCGCCCACAACUACAUCUGGGCGCUCACCGAGACCCUGCGGCUGGCAGGGGCGGCGCGGCUCGGCCCCGAGGCGGCGGCGGGGCCGGGGGGGGGUGGCCCCGUCGAGGGCAGCCCCUCGCCCGCCUCCUCCUGGAGCGGGGGGGCCGCCAGCCCCGCACCCUCCGCCUCCCCCUACGCCUGCACUUUAUCGCCCGCCAGCCCCGCCGGCUCCGCCUCGGACGCCGAGCACUGGCCGGGCCGCUUCGCCCCCGCCCCGCCGCCCCGGCGCUGCCUGUAGCCCGGCCCGGCGGUGCCGGGGCUCCCCCCGGGGCUCCCCAUCUGCCCGCUUCCCAGGGCGGCCGGGGCGGCGGCACCUGCCAAAGCAAACCUGCUUGCUCUCGCCGAUGUGCACUUUGUCCCGUUUCCCAGAUCUGUCACCGGGGCUUUUGUGUCCCCCAUCCCCUCGCCCCCCCCCCGUGCCAUCUGUCCCUUAUGAUUUAUAGGCGGGGAGGGGGUGGGAAGGGGGGAAAAAAAUAAAUUGUUUUGCUAGGGGUCCGGGUUAGAAGUCAUUGUAUAAUUUGUAGGCUUUGUGAGGGCUGAAUGCAAGCGUGGAAAUUUAGGCUGAACUCUCUAUCAAAAGAAAAAAAAAACCGUAGAGGAAAGGCGGGGGGGGCCGGGGCAUGGGGAGGGGGGGGACCCCCUCAUGCAUUAUUUAUUUCGACCUUUAGGGGACGAGGAACUCCCCCCUUCUUUCAGGAGAUUAAAAAUAAAUCAACAGACUGAAAACCUAAACAGACACGGAACAUUACAGCGAUCAGCCACACACGUGUUCACAUUUAUUUAUUGUAAAGACAGAUUUCAUGGAAAAGAUGUAUUUUUUUGUAUAAUUUACAGAGUUUAUUCCAGUAUGUAUUUACAACUGAAGAGCAAAGGGAUUGUUCUUGUGAUAAAAUAUAAAUAAAAAUCUCUAAUUUUCAUAACUUUCGGGUUGUUGCUUUUGCUGCU